UUCAUUAAACAACGACUGUAUAAUGCCGAUUCAUUACAACCUGGACAUGAUAGUGUUACCAGGCAUUUCAUUUAUUGGCGAGUUGAAUGUCACUUUUUAUAUUAAUUGUGAAAUAUCCAAUAUAACUCUACAUAUUGCAAGAUCCGAGCAUAUAGUGAAAGUGAUGCUUAAAUCGCCUAAUGGAACAAUCUAUACUCCAAAUUUUGAUUAUUCGAGAAAUUUUGCUACUUUGAAUUUCAUUAAAUAUUUAUCGCCUGAAAAUACACACUUAGAUUGUGGAGUUUAUACAAUGUACGUAAAAUAUGAAAUCAUAUUUGUUUAUCGGCAUUAUGGAAUGUACUAUAUAAAAAGAGAAGAUAGAAAAGAUAAAGAGUUUCUAUUCGCAAAUUUACUCCAACCGAGAAAUGCUCGACAAUUAUUUCCGUGUUGGGACGACCCAAAACUGAAAGCAACUUUUAACAUCACCGUCAAAUUCGAUACGAGAUACAAUGUUAUAUCGAAUACGAUACCAAUAAAAGUCGAAAUUUCGUAUAACGGGAUGAAACGUUUACUGUUCAACAUGACACCUAAAAUUUCUGUAAACGAUGUCACGAUUAUAAUGUUCGAUUUGCAACCAGAUUCUCUUUCCAAGAUAAACAAGAUCUAUUUUUGGAGCAAAUGGGAUUUGAUACCAUACAUGAAAUGGGCGCAAUAUGUUGCGGGAAAUGUAAGUAUGUAUUUAGAAAACACAUGGAGGAUUAUUUCGAGAAGCGAGCCAAAAAUGGAUUAUGUAAUUAUUCCGAUAGACUUGACCGAGUAUAAAAGGCGGAAUUGUGGAGUGAUUUUAUUCAGUACUCUCCACAAGUUUGGAAACACCUUACAUUUUACAGUUAAACAAUCGUAUAACAGCGAUCUGUGCAGAAUCUGUGUUUUUAUAUAUCCAGAUUCUCGGAUGAUGGACUUGUUUGUAGUUCAAAUCCGAGAUGAUUCUUAUUAUUUACAUCCAUUUGCUGUAAAUUAUUUUAAGGAAAAUUCUAAUUAUAUGUUUAAAAUUAAUUCACCUUCUCCUUUUUCUCAUACUGUGGGAGCAGCUUUUUGGCGCAUGUUAGAAAAAAUAAUUUCAUCUAUCUUUUUUUGGGCGAGUAUUGACGAAUAUUUAAAUAGGAAAUUUAUUUCUCCUGAUAUGGCAAAUACUUUCAAUGAUUUCUGGAGCAUUAUGUCAAUUUUUAUGAGUAAAUUAAAUCUUAAAAGAUAUAAUUUGGACAUAAAAAAGAUUAUGGCUAUUUGGUCUAUGCAGCAGCAUUAUCCCGUGCUAAAUGUUACACGAUAUUAUUCUAGAAAUAGUACAAAAAUAUUUUUAGAAUUUCAGGACGACAUGGAUCAGAAUCCAUAUUUUAUACCUGUCACUUUUACUGAAGAAGCAAAUAUCAAUUUUGAUGUAACUGUUUCAAAUAUUUGUUAUUUGACGCGCUCAAAUCCAAAGUGGGAAAUACAGUUUUUUUAUCCAAAAAAGUGGAUAAUUUUCAACUUACAACAAAUUGGAUUUUAUCGCGUCAAUUAUGAUGGCGAAAAUUGGAAAUUAAUUGCGCGUUACUUAAAUUCUGAACAGUAUACAAAUAUACAUGUUCUGAAUCGAGCCCAAAUCAUCGAUGACUCAUUCCAUCUGAUGAUACAGGGAAAACUCAAUUUUUCCACAUUUUGGGAACUCUCGAGUUAUUUAUGGCAAGAGAACGAUUAUGUGGCAUGGUAUCCUAUGUUUAAAGCUCUGGAAUACAUGUCAAAUAUUAUUCCAUUUAUUAAUUCUGGACUCUAUCCUUCGGAAGUAUUUAAGACAAUAUUAGGAAAAAUAAAAAGUCUGUUUGAACGUGUAGAAAAUCACAUUAUCGAUGACAUGGCAUCUAGUAAAUACGAUAUUGAUAAAUAUUUAAUGCAGGAAAUUGCAAAAUGGAGCUGCAUUAUGAACAAUACUUCAUGUAUUGAAAAGGCCAGAACACAAUUGAGAUUGCAUGUAGAGAAUCCUCAAGAAAAUAGGAUUUUGCCUGGGUGGCAGAAAUGGAUAUAUUGUAAUGGUUUAUUAUAUGUGAAUAGAAGUGUGUGGGUUAAUAUAUCUCAUUCCGCAAUUAAUAUAUAUAAAAAGAAAUCUGAUCAUAAAAUAUUCGAAUUUCUUAGUUGUUCCGAAGAUCCUGCAAUUGUUUAUGAUUACCUGAACGCUUACUUAUCGUCAUUAGUAAAUUUGUUUUUUGAGAGUGAUGAAGCAUCAGAAAAAGUAAAACGUAAUAAAAUGUAUACUUUGGAGAUUAUUAUUUUUAUUUCUACUAUUGCGAGACAUGUUAAGAACGAAGUAAUAUUUAAAAUAAUAUUGAUAAAGUUUAAUUACUUUAUUGACAUGAUACAUUUGAGUUAUCCAUAUAAUACAUUAGGAACAACCAUUACGAAUGCAGCAUUAAUUGUUAUGAUUAACAAUGCAUAUUCCCAAAAGCAACUUUCUAAGGUAAAUUUUAAAAAUUGA